AUGUCGAACCCAAUGCGUUAUGAAUACCUUAUCUCAAGGUCUGGCGAUGUCGUGUUUGCAUUGACAGUUGGUACUUUAGCAUAUUUUUUAAACGAGAGAGAUAACCCAAGAGCACAAAACGGAAAGACACUGGUUGAAUUAAUUUCGAGGGCCAAAGAUAAAAAGAUUCAACAAAGAGAGGCCAAAAGAAAUUCGGAAUAA